AAUUUUUUUAUUUUCAAAAAUUAUUGGCACUGGUCUAUCUGGAUCUCAAAAAAUUUUGUUUUCACAGAUCAACAAUAUCUAACACUGGUCCUUUAAUGGAAGUUAAUAUUUUCUAACAAAAUCUAACAAAAACAUCGUGUUUUUGACACAACAACCAGAGUAAACUUCAUUUUAUAAAAGAACGGGCCAUUGUUCUGAUCGCUCAGAGAUUUCCUCAGACCCAAAAAAGAAAAACGCCAUAUAUUUGCGAGUGUAUCCUCAUUUAAUCUCGUAUUCGGCGUUUCCAAAUGGAGCUGUCAAAACUGAACUCCGUUUUCUUGCUAAAUAGGGUUCUGCGCAUGUACGUCAUCAAAGCAUACUUAUUUGAAGUUGGAAUUCAGAGUGUUAAAUCUAUAAAAGAAGAUGUAAACAAAUCCAAGAGUGUUUUCUUUUUGUUUGAAAAAUUAAUUAAAUAUUUGUAAAUAAGUGAACGGAUAUUUCCGUAAAUCGGAAAGUGUAGAAAAAAUUCAUUUUAUUCGAUUGUAAAACAACAAACUGUUUUGUUUAUCCAGACCAAUUUCAAUUCACCAAUUUUCGUUUCAACUCACUGUUUGUAAACAAAAUCGAAGAUUGCAUUGAAAAAAAGCUCAUUAAAGUUUUAUUCACAUCUACCACAUUACUACAUUAAUUAAUUAAUUAAUAAUUAAAUUACAUAUGACCAAUAUUCGAGUUUUCUGUUUUAUUAUUUGUGUACCUACUUCAUUCAUUCACAGUCGGAAAUUCGUAGCUUUUACAAGUAUUUCUUUAUUAGAAAAAUGAACAGUGCGAAAUUUAAUAUUGAAAAUGUUGAAGAGCUGAUAAAAAGUUCCAAACAUUUCCAAAAUAAAAUGCGCCAAGAAUUAAGACAGCAAUCGAUUGCAUCUUCUAUAAUUAUCGAAUCCAAAAAACGAGAAGAAUUGACACCGGUCGAAAGCAACCAAGUUUCUAAACUUUAUGCCGAAAGCAGAGAUCCUCCAUGGCCAUUGGUGGAAAGGAUUCCUCCAGAUUGUAGUGAACAAAAAUUUAUGAAAAAUGCAAAUGAAUCAGAAGCAUUUAAAGUUGUCACAAUAACACCACCCUCAAGCAAAAGGAGGCAAGCAAGAACUUCCUUGAGUUCUUUUAAAACGUUUGCUUCUGUUAGAACAAAUAUUUUUGAAAAGCCGAAAACAAAAAACCUGCCUGCAGUCCAGGUGCCAGCGCCACCUAAACGUAUAAAAAACUUUCGUUCGAAUAUGAAAAAGAGUCUAAUGAAAUCUAGUAAAACUGGCGUAGAAUCAAACAAAUUAGCUGGAACAAGCUCUUGUCGAUUUCCAUUACAGAGAUUCGCUGAGUCCGCUAAAAAAAAUAUAGAUUUUUUCAAAGAGCACCCAGAAAUUGAAUUUGAAAUGGAGUCUGAAUCAAUGACAUUGUUUCCAAGACGCUUACAAAGGUCAUUUCAGUUCAAUUGUCAGAGUGAGGAAUCCUUAAAUUUAGUACAAGCUGAAGUGAAAUCACCACAACUAACUUCAGGCCCAUUGAAGCAAGAAACAUGGAAUAGCAUUUUUAUGUUAAAUCAACCAAAAGAUAAACAAGCAGAUAAGAUUGUAAGAAUAAAGAAAAACAAAAGUGUGCUGCAAAGCAAUUCAACUGACCCUCAAACUCACAUUGCAAAUAGGUCUCAAGUCAAAGAAACAGACAAAAACUAUGACAUUAUUACUUCUAUUCCAUCCAAAGGUCUCUUCACAAUUCAGCAGCAAUCUGACCAGUUAGCUAAGCAAAAGAUGUGUCACCUUCAACGGUUUCCUGUUCUUUUUAUUAGGCCUGACUUUAAAGUUCAAAAGUUAGCAGGCAUUUCUAUUGAUGGUAAAAGUGAAAGUAUUUUUAAAGAGAAAAUAAGUGUAGACUGUAUAGAAAAUGUUAUGUACCAUGUUUGUAGUCAUAAAGGGGAAAAGCAUGUUAAAUCAACAAUAAUUUUGGACAAAGUUAGAAAAGAUAUAUUAGAAAAAGAUAAUAACCAUCAACCUAUUGCAAAAAGUGGCAACAAGUUUUUCAAACCACUGGAAUUAUUAAAUCUACCAGAGUACUCCUCUUCAACAUCCUCUCGGAAUUCGCCUGCCUCAAAUCCAUCCUAUUCAUCUACAAGUUCCAGUUCUUUUAUAAAACAUAAAAACUCUUCGACGACUUUUAAUGACAUUGACCCAAACACUGAUUCUUCUUUAAAGAGUGUUUCAUCAGCCAAAGUCAAAAAUAUUUCCUUAAAAAGCCCGCCAAGUCGGUGUGAAGUACAUGUACAAACAGAGUGUGACUAUAAAAAAACAGUUUCACCCAACACAUCUCCCUUUUGUAAUGCAGUACAAAGCUCACCUCAGCCAAAGAUAACUUUACCGACGAAAAUCAAAGAUACAGCAAAUAAAAUUUUGGAAAACGUAGUUACUGGCCCCGAAAAUCUCGAAAAUUCUGUCGAAUAUGAAAUCACUGCAAACAUAUUAGAAGGUAUACUUCAAGACAAGGACUGUAAUACGCCCACCAUCAUUGGUGGCAAUUUGAUAGAAUAUGAAAUCACUGCAAACAUAUUAGAAGGUAUACUUCAAGACAAGGACUGUAAUACGCCCACCAUCAUUGGUGGCAAUCCUAUUCGACUCAUAUCACCACCUGGAGAUAGUCAAGAAAAGAAGAAUCAAAAACAUCCAGAUCGAAUGGUGGUAACUAAUUAUGAAUCAAAUGUUGAGGAAGUCGCAAAGAAGAUAGCUCCACGAUUAGAGAAUAUUCUAAGAGAAGGACAAGGAAAAGCCAACUACAGGGAUACCUUACCUCAAACAAGACUAAUUGAUAGACAUAAUGGCUUAAAGACAUCAUCAUCAUCAAGUGUUAGUAAACAGGAUCCUUUACGUAUGGACAAAAAUGCAGUCCACAACUCAACCUCAGCUGUUCAAACAAUAAAAAAAGAAGAACACUAUAAUCCUACUGAUGUGGAAAUUAAUCGUGCUGUGAAAAUUUUCGUUGAUUCGCUUAAACAUUAUGGCUACGUGGUGGAGGAGGAAAAGACAAUUUAUAGCGAUAUUGGUCAUAAGAACAAACUUAUUACAUGCCCUAAAUCAGGAUCAAAAAAUAGAAGAAUAUUGAAGGAAUAUACUAGUUCGGAUUCCUCAAACUACGUUAAUAGUCCAAGCAUAAAAAAUAAUGUUGUUCAGAAUGUUAAGACAGUUAGGAGUGUAGUUCGUUGGUUUGGUGUUUCAGAAUCAUCCACUUUGAAUAGUCUUUCUCCAAGUGAUAUUGAAUCAGAAAGUUGUAUGACAAAUGAGAUGCAGAGUGUCUCAAUAAACUCAAAUGAUGAAAGCAAUAUUUCUUAUGGUGAAGUUAAAAGUAUAGUGUGUAUGCAGAUACUCCAAGUGUUCUAGUAGCAUUAAAAGGCAAUUAAACGUUCACAGCGCCAAGACUUUUGCGAUAAAUAAAAGAUCUCCACGAUAUACAUAUUUUAUUGAUAUAUACUCCCUUAGGUUUGAGUGAGAGUCAGAAAGCUUU